GCCGGCAAACACUGGCCCUCGUGCUCAAGGCGCAACUGUGAGUGAUCUCCGGUCUUGUCUGAGCGUCCAUUAGGGACGCCAGCUCCUAAUGGUGGGAAGAAUUGGGAUGCACGCCAACAAAGAAGCUAGGAGAGAUAUUUCUCCCCUCUCACCUCCUGGGGAGUUGCCUGGCUAUGCGGACGGGACAUGGGGUACCAUGCACGUUGCAAUUAGUAGCACGCACGAACUAGCUGCUCGUGGUGCAGCCAAUUUACUAUAUCGCUUUCAAGUCACCGUUCCAAAUAUCCGGCAAUAUUUUAACCACCAAUUGCCUGAUAGCGGGCAGGGAGGCACAGAAUAUUGCUAUAGCCUGUUCAAUGAAGGACCAUAUGACAAUAUCAACAUUGUCCCAGGUUGAAUUUAAUGUAACAGUAUAC